AACUAAACAUUAAUUUUUGUUUUAAUAUAACUACUUCAGUGAAAAAUUAUAACAUCUUAACUAAAAGAAUUAUAAUAUUUGAUAUUAGAGUGAACUAAUUUACUUUUACAUAUUAUUUUAUUUCCUAAUGGUUAAAUAAUUGUUGCUAAAAUGGUUAUCAUAGCAAUUGAAAAUAUUCCACUUAAGAUAAGUUUGAGUGCACUAGUGAAAAAUCUCACCCCAUUAAUAAACGGAGAGUUUGAGGCGUUUAAUUUCACACACAACAAAAAAGGUAGCAAAACUGCAUACAUACGUCUUGCAGGGAAUUUGACUAGAGAUGUGAUUAAAAGAAUUAACGCCAAGAAGAUUGGACCUUAUCAAUUAAAAGCAUUUAUACCAGAUAAUGUGGCAGAUCUACCACUCAACCCUGUUCUAAAGACAGUUCCUAACGAGGAACCUGUUCACAGUUCUUACCCGACUGUGGCAAAACCAAAAGGAAGGCUCCUCAGCAGAGCACUGCAUAACAUAAUGUUAGAAAUGCAAACCAUAUUCACUGGACUGUACCGCCUGAGCGAAACUAGUGAGCACCAGCUCCUGGAGACCAUCGGAAGUAUAGUAUAUGAACGCCUCAAACACAUCAAAGAUGACCCAAGUCACCCCAAGCCGACAUGCUUCCACCUGACGAAGAAGUACCGCAGGAGAUAUCCACACGACACGGACUACGAGUUCAUCAUGCAGAACUAUCACGCCAUCCAAGACGCGCUGGGCAAGCCGCGUACCAAUCCCAAAAAGAGGCAAUUGAUGGCCUUACCCCCUCUAGAUCGGGCGUUUAGUUACAUGUCGCAGGACACGUUGUACCAGAUGUGCAAUAGCGAAAUCGAAAGAAUAUCUCAGAAGCUAGUGGGUCAUGUGAAUGGUUUGGAAGUGAAGGAGGAGACGUCGACGCCCGAGGAAGCCGCGACGAUGAAGGUCCGGAAACACUUGAAGGAUCUAUCGCCUCACCUACCUCAUAUGGUGCGGCAUGUGAUUGCCAAGCACUUGGGGGUGGACGAAAAAUAUUGUUCGGUAAAGAUAUACGGAGAUCGCUACUUGCCCAGCAAAGAAAUAAUGGCGCCGUUCACCGAACAGUUCCAACCUGCGCACACUUCCCGCUCGGAAUACAUGUUCAACCUACUCACACUGCAAGUGCCCCGAGAGAUGUAUUUGAAACUGCUCAAAGCCGAUGGCCAAAUUCUGAAUCGUAACGCUAAAUUAAUGAUAAGACCAGGCAGGUUACCUUUCUACCAAGUGAAGCGGUUCACAGAGGCGCCCGACCUCGAUGAAUCGCUGCCUGACGAAGGCCAGGGGACGAUGGAAGACCAGCUAGAUGAAGAGCAUAUGGAGUACUCAUAGUCGUGGUAGAAGGAAAUCAGUUUCUAAGAUAAAUUGUGGACGAAUAAUAAACAUUUUUAAAAGUAA